AUGGCAGCGCCACCUUCUCCAGGAAGGACGGCAGACCAGGUAUGCACCUUCCUCUUCAAAAAGCCUGGGCGGAAAGGGGCUGCAGGCCUCAGAAAGCGCUCGGCCUGCGACUCCGAGCAUGGAGAGAGCAGCGGCAGCGGGGACGAGGGCGACGCAGUGGCUCGGCCCCCGCGGGUGGCACCGAGGCCCCGGGGCCUCCACAGCUGUCAGAAGGCGGCUCACGGCGACCGGAGGGGCGAGGAGGCAGCGCCUGAGAGCCUCGGCAUAGUGUACAGGUCCACCCGCUCGGCGAAGCCUGUGGGGCCGGAGGACAUGGGGGCCACUGCUGACUUCGAGAGGGACACCGAGAAGGAGCACCAUACGCAGACCAUCUUCAAACGCAGCCAGCGGGUCCAGGAGGCAUUGUGGGGCCGGGAGCACGACCAGAUCUACCGGGGAAUCCACAGCUACCCGAGGUAUCUGAAGCCCAGGGACACGUCCAUGGGUAACUCCUUCUCGGGGAUGGCGAGGAAGGGCCCUAUCCGUGCGCCUGGGCACCUGCGCGCCACUGUGCGCUGGGAUUACCAGCCCGACAUCUGCAAGGACUACAAGGAGACCGGCUUCUGCGGCUUCGGGGACAGCUGCAAAUUCCUCCACGACCGUUCCGAUUACAAACACGGGUGGGAGAUUAAACGGGAGCUUGAAGAGGGUCGCUACGGUAUCUGCGAGGAUGAAAAUCAUGAAGUAGAAAGCGAGGAAGAGGAAAUACCAUUCAGGUGUUUCAUAUGUCGCCAGGCCUUCCAAAACCCAGUCGUCACCAAGUGCAGGCAUUACUUCUGCGAAAGCUGCGCGCUGGAGCACUUCCGGGCCACCCCGCGCUGCUACGUCUGUGACCAGCCAACCGGUGGCAUCUUUAACCCCGCCAAAGAACUGAUGGCAAAACUGCAAAAGCUUCGGGCUGCGGAAGGUGGGAGCAAUUCCCAUUUCACAGAAGACCCAGAUGAGGGUCCAAUUCCCAUGGCUUAG